AAACUUACGUCAUCGUUGUGGGUGGAACCCGGAAGUUUGUCACCACAUCACGGCAGAGCAGCAUGCUGUAAUAAGAGUGUGUGUACAGAUCUGCCGCACUAAUCUAGAUUCUAUGAAUUCCGUUCGUUCCGCUGCAUCUGAAUUAGUCAAAGUGAGAGGAACCCGCAGAUUAGCGGCAGCAAACAUGUGCAAAGAACUCAAGACUAAAAUGCUGCGCCUUCUACCGCCGACCUGCAACGGGCCGACAACGAAUGAAGAGGACCGGACAGAUGACGAGGUCCUGAAGUGUACAGUGAAAGCUUUACAAGACGGCCAUGUUGUUGCCGUGCCAACUGAUACAAUCUAUGGUCUGGCGUGUUUGGCUCAAAACUCUGAGGCAGUCAGAAAAAUCUACGCCGUGAAGGGACGCAACGGGCAGAAACCGCUGGCUAUUUGUGUCCGAGAAAUUCAAGAUAUUUACAAAUACUGUAAGGUGGAGGUGAAGAAGGAGCUGCUGGACGACCUGCUGCCCGGUCCUGUCACUCUGGUAUUCCAGCGAUCAGAGGCCCUGAACUCCGCUCUCAACCCCUUCACGUCUCUCGUGGGCGUCCGUAUUCCCAACCAUGCCUUCAUGAGGCGCCUCUGUCAGAUGUGUGAGGAGCCGCUCGCACUCACCAGCGCCAACGUCAGCGCUCACACCAGCACAGUGGAAGUACAUGAGUUUCAGGAACUCUGGCCUCACGUCGCCGUGGUGGUGGACGGCGGACCCAUCGGGGACCAAAGCCGCCUUGGAUCGACGGUGGUAGAUCUGUCGGUGGUUGACAAAUAUCGCAUCAUCAGACCAGGCUGCAGAGUUAAACAAGAAAUGCCCCAAAUUCUGUUUCCAGUGCCCUUUCUUCCACGCUUGAUGUGCUGGAGCGCAAAUAUGGACUGUCAGAGGACUUGGGGGAAGAAUGACCUUUAAACUCUCCACACUUCACAGCACACGCUGAGACGCACAACCAGCUCUGGCUUCAGCAUUCUCCACCAAAAAACUCAAUUCAUUACCUUUUGUUUUCAUAGGGAAGAACUAAAACUCAGGGAGAUGCUUCGUCUUUAAUCUUUUUCUUAUUUAAACAUUUCAGCUCAACAAGGUCAGCAGUUUGUUUAAGGUGAGGCCGACUUAUCCAAGAAAAAUGUUCAAUAUUUUCACUUAAUGUGAUUAAUGCGAUCUCAGUGAGCAUUUCUCCAUGGCCCCAAUGAACCUCGGCUGCAGCGAGCCGUGCAAAGUCUUUGUUCUGUGCCAUUGCUCAAACUGUUUUAUUACAUUUUCCACAUGUUUUUUUAAUGUCAUAUAGCGAGAUCCCUGGUAGCACCUCAGAAUAUACUAUCAUAUUUAUUUCAUAUUUGUAGAUAUUUCAUGUUUUUGGUGAAAUCUGCUUUAAUUGAUUGUAAAUCUGUAUAAUCUCAUUAAAUCAUUUUAUGGUGCCUACCCUGCAUUUAAAA